UGCUGCUUAUCAGAGCCUGCAGUUCCUUUGGGUGACUAAUAACAUUGUCUUGGGAUAAAAGCACAUUGAGCUGUUUACAGGCGAGGACGGAAUAUAUAAAAGGAGUGCUGUGCUGUGUGGCAGUACAGAGAACAGCGUGGCCGAGGUAAAGCACACAGCUCUUCUCAACUGCACUUGGGACUGAUAACUAACCUCAGCUCACAGCUCUGCGCAUUCACUCUUGAACUGUCGAGGGGUACUCUUGAAUAUCCUAAAGGACGAGAAAAACUGUCCACCUUGAAGAUCCUGUUUUAAUUUCGAACAUGGCGUUUAACGUAUUACUUCCCCUGCUAACAUUGGUGUCGGGACUACCCUUUGCAACAGGGUCCCCGCUAUCGGAAGGUGUAGUGACCGUUUCUCCCAUCUCCGCCAUCCGCCAGGCUUCAUCUACCCCCCGACGGCUCUUCCGUUCCAAGCGCUGUUCCUGCUCAUCUCUCCUGGAUAAAGAAUGCAUCUACUUCUGUCAUUUGGACGUCAUUUGGAUUAACACUCCCGAGCAGAUCGUUCCCUAUGGACUAGACAGUUCUCGGGUCAAGCGGUCUGCAAAGCACCGCCUGGCAGAAAUGGUGAAAUCAAGGACAAGAUGUGAGUGCAACAGUCAAGAGGAUGGUAUAUGUCAGCAGUUCUGUGAAGAUGGGCCACAGGUAGCCAGGUUGAAGCCUGGCAGCAGCAAGCAUUUAACUACAUGGAUGAAAUGGAUAAACAGAAUGAGGAAAGCAAGAAAAGAAGACAAAAAUAAAAUGAAGAAUAUACCAUUUUCUAUGGGUGGCUCUGUGACACACUGCAGGGACUGCAAACGUUGACAGGCUGUUAGUUAACAAAGGCAAAGAAAACAGCGUGUGUUGGCUGCUACCACAGAACAGAUUACUAUUCUGUUCUGGCAAGGGACCAGGGAUUUACACUUCAUUGAGGAGCUUGUCAAAACUGGUGGAGUCUGAGCUGCAGCCUGGCCUCAUAUAAAAAAAAGUACUGAACAGCAGAUUGGGAACUAUAGCAUGGCAUUUUCAAAAUGAAGCAAGCUUGAUUUAAUUUAAGCUAUGAUGGACAGUUCAGCAAUUGGCAUUCCUAAACUGCAGCCUAGAUUUAUACUACCAAAGGAGACUGGCCAAUUCUAGGAAGUUUAUGAAGAGAUUCUCUUUUGUAGAAAGUUAAAAACAAAUAUCAAUGAAGAAUCAAUCUAUGAUGAUCUCAAAAUGUAUUCCAAUUAAGAACAUGAUUUCUUGUGCAACAGAUGGAGCACCAUAUAUGACAGGUCACCGUGCUGGUCUAGUGGCAUUUAUAAAAAAGAAAUUCCAAGUCUGUUUACAAUCAGUUGUGUAAUUCAUCGUAAACGUCUCAUAGUGAAAAAUUCAGCCAGCGACUUUUUUCAAGCAUGACUCUUGUAGCGUCCGCUGUCCACAAAAUUAAAGCUCAUCUAGUAAAUAGCAGAAUAUUCCACCAGUUAUGCCAAGAUAAUGAUGAAGUGUUUGAAUGCUUGCUUCUUCACACUGAAGUGCACUGGCUGUCAAAAGGCUGCUGCUUAAAAUGUUUCUUUGAUCUUUUUUAACACUGUGAUUGAAUUUUUGCUCAAAUUCAACAAGAGCUUGGGAAACAAGAUUGAACUUCUACGUGGUUAUGUGGCAUACCUAGCUGAUUUUUAUGACAAGAUGAACAUUCUAAGUAUGAAACUGCAGGGUGAGAAUUUCAAUUGAAUGCAGGCAAAAAGUGCAGUGUCCACUUUUAUCAGAAAAUUAGAAAUACAUAAGCAAAACAUUGGGAGAAGAAUGUUCUCACAGUUUCCCUGCAUGGAAAGUAUGGUACUCACUUUCACAAAUGGUGAUUUGCAAGAGUACUGCUUACACCUGCAGUUACUGAAGAAGGAUUUCCAGAACGAAUUCAAGGAAUUGAAUGAUCUGGAAAUUCUGGACUGCAUAAUUAACCCAUUUCUAUGCAAAGUGGAAAAACAGGAAGAGAGCUUGCAAGAAGAAAUUAUCAAAAUUCAGAAUGAUGAAGAAGCAAAAAUGCUUUUCAAAAAUGUCGGCUCUUGUGGCUACACUGUCAUACGAAGUUUCCUAGUCUUUGGAGAGGAGCCAAACUGCUCUUCAGUGCAUUUCCAUCCUCCUAACUUGUUGAAAGAGGCUUCAAUGCAGUGAACCACAUACUCACAAAAAGACAGAAACCGCUUGGACAUUGUUACGCGUAGGGACUUUAAAGCUUUUGCUGUCACAACUUGAACCAGAUAUUUUGAAUAAUUUAAGUUAGCAUCCAACAACCACUCAAAAUAAUUUCCUGCUCGGAAUCAAUAAAGUGCUUAUUAUUAUUAUUAUUA